CUCAGCAACUCUCUCUCUCUCCUUCCCAAAGCAGAAUCUCUCUCCUCUCCUCUACCCCCACUCUGCCCUCAAGUUUUCCAGCUUUCAAUUCAGGAAAGAAAACGCAGAUCAAGAACACAAGUAGGGAAGAAAAAGUGUCUCCGCUUUCAAACUUUCGAGCUCCUCUUCAGCCAGAAAGAAGGAAAAACGAAUCUCAUACUUCCCCACAAUUCUUGCUUCUCUUGUGGGUGAAGUACUGGACUCUUCUCAACGCGCACACGACUUCCUAUUAUAGUAUUCUCCAUUACAAGCCUACUACGUUCCCAAGGUUGUCCCGUAAAGGCAAGAUCUUUUGCUUUUAUAAGCACAAUCAUGGCUACUUAAUGCUCGUAUGAAGUCAUAAUUCACAGGCACGGUACAAGGGCCAAAAAAAAAAAAACGAGUGAUGGCCGGCGGGGAACCCUAUUCUGCCGACACAAACUCGGACACUUUCGCUAAUGAAGAAACGCUGGUUCCAAGUUCUUCCGAGGCUCUUGAGUCCGUCUGGGUUCCUACUUCGGCCGCUCGUCAUGGUUCAAAAUCAAUGGUCAAUUUUGAGGACGUUUGUGGGGGAGGAGACACCGACGCCGCGCCGAGGCCAUACCUCCGGCAGAUUGAUCUGAAGGAAGAAGCCAUCGAAGAGGACUAUUGCGACGGAAGCUUUCAGCCUCCUGGGAAGAAGCGGCGGCUAUCGGCCGACCAAGUCCAUUUCCUCGAGAGGCACUUUGAGGUCGAGAACAAGCUCGAGCCUGAGAGGAAGAUCCAGCUUGCCAAGGAGCUGGGCCUGCAGCCGAGGCAGGUCGCGAUCUGGUUCCAAAAUCGGCGAGCCCGGUACAAGACCAAGCAGCUGGAGAAGGAGUUCAAUUUGCUCAAAGCUCGCUACGAGAGCCUCAAGGCCGAUCAUGACAAGCUUAUCAAAGAAAAGGAGAGUUUAAAAGGGGAGGUCCUCUCUCUCAAAGACAAACUGAGGAGCAGAGCAAAAGGAAGCGAGGAGAGAUCGCUCCAAGCUGAUGAUUCGUUGCCGAAACCAACCACGCCCUCAACUCUCGAGGAUGUUUCAAACGUGGAUGCCACAAUCAUAAAGCAAGAGGACGCGAGUUCGGCCAAGAGCGAUGUGUUCGAUUCGGACUCGCUGCUGGAGCCCGCGAAUUCUUCCCACGGAUUCGAACCAGCGGACUGCUCGGACUUCUCGCAGGACGAGGACGACAGUUUCGGCAAGAGCCUCUUGCCCCUGGAAUUCCUCCCCAGAUUCGAAGAUGGAUACACCUUCCACCAGAACCCACCUGCAAUUUCUUGCAAUUUUGCUUUCCCAGCUGAAGAAAACCCCUUCUGGUCCUGGUCUUACUGAGUAAAAACGAACUGGUUACAGGAUAAAUGGCGUGCAGCUGAAGAGUAGAGGCUCUGGAUACGAUGUAUCUAAAGCUAUAAGUAGAACAAGAAGUAAAAUUCUGGUGGUUUCUUGAA